GUGGUCAUCACAGAUUACCCGGAUAAUGAUUUGAUAGAAAACAUAAAAUAUAAUGCGAUGCAAAAUUUGUCAUCAAAAGAUAGUUGUGAUAUUGUUAAUAUAGAAGUUAUGGGAUAUAUUUGGGGUAAAGAUACAGGCCCGUUGCUGGAUGUAAUUUCUUCACAACAAAAUUUGCAAUCCAUAAAUAAAAGAUCAUAUUAUGACCUAAUUAUUUUAUCAGAUUUAAUAUUUAACCACUCUCAACAUUCUGCAUUAUUAAAAACGUGUGAAGAAUGUUUAGAAAUUGAGAAUGGACAAGUGUUCGUGUUUUUUACGCAUCAUCGACCAUCACUUGCAUAUAAAGACAUGGAAUUUUUUGAGAAGGCGAAUGGAUUGUUUAAAGUAGAAAAGAUCUUGGAAACUAUUAUGACCCCAAUGUUUGAAAAGGAUGAAGGGAGUGAUAUUGUCAG